AUGCUCAUGGUGGGCAGAGAACGACGUGCAGCGGCCUAUGCGCAGGAGUGCUAUAACCACGAUUCCGAUACGAACGUCAAAGCCACGAAUUGCGACUUCUUCUAUAACUCAACCAUCGGAUAUGGAGUGCAAGAAGAUAAAUGUCCCUUUGACAGGACCGACAUAUGCGUUGAUGGCUAUCAACCCGGCUCGGCUAUCACUUUCGAUACCAACUGGGUCAAUUCAGGAGUAUUAGGUAUCAACGAGGAACUCAUGCACAAAUUCCGACGCAAAACAACUUGUGCGCCACUAAGCGCAGAGCGGCCUUUUGUGCAACACUUCACCAACAGCGGGACGGGCGAGUCCGGGUACAAGUACUUUUAUGGAUCGCUCUACGACACGAGGAACUGCUCGGACGAAGUGCAUGCUCCUCCAACUGUGCUCUCCGAAUACACUAUGCGUAUAACGGGCCAUCCGUUUGACUGGCAAGCGCCAGUAUACAAAGUCAAUACAUACGCCACCUCGUUGCUCGACCCGACAUGCGACUUCUACCAGCCGUCACCCGAUCUGCAAGCUCCAGGUUUAUUGCCACACCGAAGCAGGACUCUGAGCCUCAUCUUCGUGACAGCUCUGCGCAUUCUUUACACCAAGCGCAGUAACGACCCCGUCUUCCCCGCCGACAAAGCCUUUCAGUACCCUGGAGACAAAGGGUUCUACUACUACAACUCGCAGCCAAAAGCACGAGCAUUUGCCUGCAUAGACGAGACCAUCUUCUGUGCACCAUCGGGCUCUCCAUGCUGGCAUGCGAACGACGCAAUACCAGCUGGCGGGUCCAAUACAUCAUCCUACUGGUUCUUGAAGUACGCUUUGAAAAGCUCAAAUACCUAUGAUGCAAUCAAACUGCGUCUCGGUAGCGGCCUACUAGCUCAACAGCGUGUUGGCCAGUCUCGAUCGAUGCCAUUAGCUGACAAUCAUUGGCAACUGGAAGCCGAGCAUCUCUUCAAGACAUCUCUCGCAAGAGCUCAGUUUGACGCUUGGAGCAUCGCAAGUGCCGAAGAUCACGACAACCCAACAUACACGGACACGCUUCCUGAUGAGGCGAGGGGGAACAUGUGCGGUCUCUUCAAAUUCCAAGCCUCUGGCUACAUCAACAUUCGCAUACUGCCAUUUGUAUGGCUGAUGCUAGCCUGGCCGCUCAUGUUGAUCCUGAGCAUCGAACUUAGAACUUACGAGAAGUUGGGGAAGGUUGCCAUGUCGGAGGUGAGAAGAAAGAGCAAACAGUCGGUCAGGUCCAGCCCAGAUGCAACUACGACAACAACAGACCUGGCUACCGCAGUUACAGAUUCAACGACGCCAGACCACCCGCAAGAAGUCGUCGACUCGAAUGCUACAGCUACUCCAACCCCACAGCGACCAGGCACGGCAAGCAGCACGACACCUCUCAUCGCCGCGUCCUCGGCAUCUGCAUCGUCGGACGCGAAUCACAACUACGGAACUUCUAGCACUCUGAGCAGUACGCCCUCGGAUCGUAGUUCUGAGACCGACAAAUCCGAAUGGUCGCCUUUGUUGAUACACGGUCCAGCUGUACUAAGUGUGUGGAUGUAUAAGAAGAUGAGGAGCGAGAGAGUUGAUGCAAGAGACAGCGGUGACACGGUCUGA